AUGUCGGACUCGGAGGAGCAGCCACUUGAUACUUCUUCCGAAAGUGAAGAGGAUUCAUCCGGCUCUUCUCCUACUCCAGACGACUCAAGCUCUGAUGAUGACUAUGGCAGUCCUCUUUCAGGGAGUUUACAGCAAUCAGGAGAUGAUAAUUCAACACCAGCACCCUCUCCAAGUUCAGAUUCAUCAGACUCUUCCCCUCCUGAUGAUUCUUCAGAUGAGGAAUCAUCUUCAAUUCCUUCAGACUCAGAGCCACCUGAAACCUCACCACCCCCACCACCACCACAACAAAAAAUGUCACCCCCUCUUAAGGUACCGUCGCCACCAUCAGCGGAAAGUUCUCCACAAUUAUUACCACCAUCAUCAUCCGGGUCACCUCCUAGCCCUCCUAAGCAGCAAUCACCACCAACUUCAAGCAGCCCUUCUCGGGAAUCAUCAAAAUCUUCACCAGAAAAAUCUGCUCCUCCUUCUCCUUCUGAUCCUCCCGACUCAUCAGAAAGUAGUACUUCACCACCCCCACCUUCUACUAAAACCUCAAAAUCACCACCUUCAGCAAACUCCCAGUCAACACCUUCACCUCCAUCAAUAAAUGGAUCUAUUACAUCAUCACCUGGUUUUUCUCCUCAAGCACUAGCUCCUCCUGCACCAAGCCCACCCAAGAGUCCCUCUAACUCAAGUGAUGGAUCUUCCCAAUCAGGAAGCUCUAGUAAUAACAGCCUAAACAGCCCUCGCUAUAAAGUUGUGAUUGGUUUGGCAGUGGCGGGUGUUUUUAUCAUUGCAUUCGUUGCCUUGUUUUUCUUUACAAGGAGAAGGAAAAAGAGACAACCAAGUCCCUAUGCUAAUUACAUGCCACCACCUGCCAACUUUGCAGUGAGUUCAGAUGCAUAUAUGGGACAUUCUGCCCAAAAAGAUGCCGCCUAUUAUAAUUCUAAACUUCAUGGCCAACAAUCAAAUAUGGUAAACAGUUUUGGGAGUCAAAGAGGACAGAACUACCAUGGUCCUGACUCGGGUAUUGUAGCUGGUUCUAAGACAUUUUUCACCUAUGAAGAGUUGAUGGAAAUGACCAAUGGAUUUGCUCGUCAGAACGUUAUUGGUGAGGGUGGGUUUGGAUGUGUUUAUAAGGGAUGGAUGCCAGAUGGGAGAAUUGUGGCUGUUAAGCAGUUAAAAGCAGGUAGUGGACAAGGGGAGCGAGAAUUCCGGGCUGAAGUUGAGAUUAUUAGCCGUGUUCAUCAUAAACAUUUGGUCUCCUUGGUUGGAUAUUGUAUUGCUGAAAAUCAAAGAUUACUAAUCUAUGAAUUUGUUCCAAAUAAAACCCUUGAACAUCAUUUGCAAGCUAAAGAAAUGCCAGUGCUAGAAUGGGCCAAAAGAGUCAAAAUUGCUGUAGGGGCUGCUAAGGGUUUGGCAUAUUUACAUGAAGAUUGUCAUCCAAAAAUUAUCCACAGGGACAUUAAGUCAGCAAACAUUCUGCUGGAAGAUGAUUUUGCUAACAUUACAAUACAGGUUGCAGACUUUGGACUUGCAAGACUUAACGACACUACUCAGACCCAUGUUUCAACUCGAGUCAUGGGGACAUUCGGGUACCUGGCACCAGAGUAUGCAUCAAGUGGGAAGCUGACGGAUAGAUCAGAUGUUUACUCAUUUGGAGUUGUGCUUCUAGAACUUAUAACAGGGCGAAAACCCGUUGAUUCAACUCAGCCUUUGGGGGAUGAGAGUUUGGUCGAAUGGGCACGACCACUCCUCAUUCAAGCACUUGAAACUGGCGAUUUUGGUGAAUUAAUUGAUCCACGGCUUAAAAAGCGUUACGUAGAGAGUGAGAUGUAUAGGAUGAUUGAGGCAGCUGCUGCAUGUGUUAGGCAUUCUGCUCCAAAGCGGCCUCGCAUGACGCUUGUGGUAAGAGCACUGGACUUCGAGGGAGGGUCUGAUCUUUCUAAUGGGGUGAAAUUCGGUCAGAGCACUGCCUAUGAUUCUGGCCAGUACAGUGAAGAAAUUACAAUGUUCAGGAGGACGGCACUUGGCAGUGACAACAGCUCGGAAUUUGACAUUAGUGGAGAAUACAGUUCCAGGGAAGUAUCACAUGGACCCAAUUUUUUGAAGUCCCGGUAUAGUUCGUGUGAAUUCACAAGUGGCGAGUCAGAAACUCAAACCUUUAAACUAAAUAGUGGCGAGUACAGCGGUGCCCCAGAGAACUAAGGUGGUGAUUGCUUCAAAUGAGGGUCAAUUCCCAUCGAGACAUUCGUUGAAAUGAGUUAUUGUGCAUAGCAGUC